CCUGGUAACGAGUGCUGCGCUACGUGAUGAAGGGCGUGGCUAGGGCUGCUAAACGGCAGCGGCAGCGUUCUUUCCAGUCGCUGGGCUGUAGGUAUCACGGGCAGGACGGCUGCUCCCGGCGCACGGAAGGGACUACUGGCCUGACCGUGGGACUCGAGGCGAGAGUGAGGAGGCCGAGGCGGGACAGUGAAGUGCAGAGAGGGAAAGUCCCUGCGCGAAACGAGCGCGCCCAGAAAAGGCGCCCCUCCCUCCACUGCCGUGUCGCCGAGUGUGGGAGGAAAACUUCGCCACCAGGAAUUGUGGCUUCAUCGUCCUUCCCGCCAAGAAGGGAAGUCAUCGUUCCUGCGCCGAGACUGCCGCGGCGCCGCUGGGCGAGGCCGCGCCUGCUGUGGCCUCUCUCGCUUCUGACGUGGAAGCCUACCUACAUAAUAAAAGAAAUUUCGAGCCAAAUAUUGGAAGAGAUGUCAGAAGAUUCAGAAAAGGAAGACUAUUCAGACAGAACAAUCAGUGAAGAUGAAUCAGAUGAGGAUACCUUUAUGAAGUUUGUAAAUGAAGACAUCCAUCAGUGUGCACUUUUAACAGCUGACUCUAUUAGUGACCCAUUUUUUCCCCGGACUACACAGAUACUAUUGGAAUAUCAGCUAGGGAGAUGGGUGCCUAGUCUUCGUGAACCACAAGAUUUAUAUGAUGUCUCUUCUGGUCCGCUGAGCCCAACACGGUGGCCAUACCACUGUGAGGUCAUUGAUGAAAACGUUCAACAUAUUGAUUGGACCCCUUCUAAUCCUGAGCGAAUGUACAUCCCAACAGGCCUGGAGAUAGAACCCCUUUAUCCAAGCUCCAAGGAGGAUCCUGUGGUUUACCUAGCUGAAGAUGCCUACAAAGAGCCUUGUUUUGUGUAUUCCCAAGUUGGGGGCAACCGAACACCCUUGAAGCAGCCUGUGAAUAACUGUGAUGAUACUUUGAUGUUUGAAGCAAGGUUUGAGAGUGGUAAUCUACAGACGGUAGUCAAAGUGGCAGAAUAUGAAUACCAGAUGACUGUGUGCCCUGACCUGUUCACAAAUAAACACACCCAGUGGUACUACUUCCAAGUCACUAAUACCCAAGCAGGAAUAGUCUACAGAUUCACUAUUAUCCAUUUCACCAAGCCUGCUAGUCUUUAUAAUCGGGGUAUGCACCCACUGUUUUAUUCUGAAAACGAGGCCAACGCUCAUAAUAUUGGCUGGCAGAGAAUAGGAGACCAAAUGAAGUAUUAUAGAAGCAACCAGGGGCAAGACGGGUGCCAUUAUUUUCUUACAUGGGCAUUUCAAUUUCCACACAAUAAAGAUACCUGCUACUUUGCUCACUGCUAUCCAUACACUUACACAAACCUGCAAGAAUACCUUUCUAGCAUCAAUAAUGACCCAAUACAGUCAAAGCUUUGGAAAAUACGUGUCUCGUACCACACAAUUACUAGGAACAUGGUGUAUGUUUUAACGAUUACUACCCCCUUGAAGAACAGUCAGUCAGGAAAGUGAAAGGCCAUGAUUUUGACUGCAAGGGUACAUCCAGGAGAAAACAGCUCUUGGAUCAUGAAGGGCUUCCUAGAUUAUAUUUUAGGAGACUCAAGUGAUACACAGUUGCUCCAGGACACUUUCAUCUUCAAGGUGGGACUCACGCUGAAUCCAGAUGGUGUGAUUGUGGGAAAUUAUCGGUGUUCCUUAGCUGGAUGGGAUUUAAACCUUAACUUCCUGAAGGAGUCAUUUCCUUCUGUUUGGUAUACCCGGAACAUGAUCCGUAGAUUGAUGGAGAAACGAGAGGUUAUUUUGUAUUGUGACCUUCAUGGCCAUAGUAAGAAAGAGAACAUCUUCAUGUAUGGCUGUGAUGAUAGUGACAGAUGUAAAGCAUUAUACUUACAGCAACGAAUCUUUCCACUUAGGCUGAGCAAAAAUUGUCCAGAUAAAUUUUCAUUCUCAGCUUGCAAGUUUAAUAUUCAGAAGAGCAAAGAGGGAAUAGGAAGGGUGGUAAUGUGGAAAAUGGGAAUCAGGAACAGCUUUACCAUGGAGGCCACUUUUUGUGGAUCUACUCUGGGUAAUAAAAGAGGCACUCAUUUCAACACAAAAGACUUGGAGUCGAUGGGGUAUCAUUUUUGUGAUUCUCUCUUGGACUACUGUGAUCCAGACCGAACCAAGUAUUAUCAGUGCCUGAAAGAAUUAGAAGAAAUGGAAAAACAUAUAAACUUGGAAGAAGUCCUUGAUGAUUCAGAUACUCCUCUGAAAGAAAUUACAUUGGAUCUAGAGUCUAGUAGCCAUGGCUCUGACAGUUCAGAAUCCAGUGACUCUCAGACUGAUCUUCUCAAGUUAAGUUCUCAGAAAAAAAACAAGAAAAAACAUCUGAAAACAAAGAAGGAAAGAAACUCUACCACAGCAAGCCAUCAGAGAAGAGCAAGAGAAAAGCAGUCAGUUUGUGAAAAAGGAAAUUUAGUUCAAAGACACAAAGAAUCAAAUUCUGAUGUGACAGAUACAAGGCCAGAUAUAUCAGAUGACUGUACAUUUGAUUAUUUCAGAAGACAGUUCCCUAAUCAAGAUCUGCAGUACAACUUAAAAAGCAAUAUGAAAGAACGUCCAUCUUUCCAAAGCAAGAAGCCUGGAGUAAACUGGACAGAUGAUGAAAAAAGAUUCUACAGGGAUAAAAAAAUAGCUGAAACUCAAGAAAUAUUGCAGUAUUUGCUCCCCAUCAUGAAAAGCACUAAAAAUGUGCAAACUACUCAGAGAAAACAGAUACCCAAUCCAAGAACCAACUUUCAAAUCCAACAUAAGUCAAUACAAUUUUGUCAUUCUUAGCUAUUUAAUACAUAUGCUCUUUUAUAAGGAAACAAGGCUUAUUAAAUUCAUUAUCCUAAGCAACAAACAUAGGCUUUUAAAAAUACUGGCAGCUACACCAUGUCUGACAAAGGGAGAAAGGCCCAAAGCCUUAAGAAAACAUUGGAUAUGUGAAGGAGUAGGUUUUCAGACCUUAUUUGAUUGUUUGUUUACAUGAAACCACUCAUUAAUUUGGAUCUAUGAAUAAAGUAUGCAUUAAUAAAGUAU